AUGUACGCCUCUGCUGUCCGAAGGUCCGCCAAUUUCACCUUGGCCAAUGGUGCCCAGAUCCCCAAGCUCGGGUUCGGCACCUGGAAGAUGACCAAGGAGCAGGCUACCCCUGCUGUCGCUCACGCUAUCAAGACGGGCUACCGCCACAUCGACUGCGCUUGGGCUUACCGAAACGAAGACGCCGUCGCCGCCGGUAUCAAGAAGUCCGGUGUGCCUCGUGAGCAGUUGUGGAUCACCAGCAAGCUUUGGAACAGCUUCCACGACCCAGAGCACGUUGAAAAGGCAUUGGACGCGACCCUCAAGGACCUUGGCACCGACUACCUCGACUUGUACCUCAUGCACUGGCCCGUCGCUUUCCUCAACUCAAAAGGCUCCAUGAUUCCCUCCAUUCGCAGCACCGGUGGUCACCCCGUCGAGAGCACCGACCUUUCGCGUGAUUUCAUGGCCACCUACCGCGUCAUGGAGGAGAUGGUCAAGAAGGGCAAGGUUCGCAACAUUGGCGUCAGCAACUUCAACAUUCGCCGCACUGGCGAGGUCGUCGACGAGUCCAGCAUCAAGCCCGUCGUCAACCAGGUCGAGGUCAACCUCGGCGUCCACAACGACGAGCUGCGCAACUACGCUCACGCUCACGGCGUCACCCUCCAGGCCUACUCGCCCUUUGGUUCCAGCCAGAACGUGGCCAAGUACCUCGAGGACGAUGUCGUCGUCGACGUUGCGCAGAGGAACAACAUCACUCCCGCUCAGGUCUUGCUCGCUUGGACUCUCGGUAGGGACAUCAUUCCUAUCACCAAGAGUGUCACCCCCGAGCGCAUCGAAGAGAACUUUGCCACGCUCAACGUCAACUUGCCCGAGGACGAGAUCAAGCACCUCUCCAACGAGGCCCUCAGCCGACCCAUCGAGCGCACUGUCGACCCUACAGAGGGCUGGGCUGUCACGGACGAAAUCUUCGAGGACGGCGUUGAUCAGACGCGCGAGAUGGAGCUCAAGGGCGGUGCCUACGUGCCCCCUCCCGCUCACGAAUCGCCCGCCGAGCACCGUCUCGAGCCCCGCAACGACCCCGAGACCCCCUCGCGCAUGUUCCACACCGCCGCCCACCCCCUCGCUUCGUCGUCCGGCAGCAGCCGUCGUCCCACCGCCGUCCAGUUGCAGAAGUCCUUCUUCCGAAGCUUCUCCUCGUCCAGCCGAUCCGCCGCUGUCGCCGAGGUCGUCCCACCUAGCGCAUCCGAAGCUCCCGCCGUCAGCGAGAGCUCGCUCCUGCGCACCACUUCCCAAUCCGCCCUCGCCACCCCCGGUCUCCGCUUCGUCGACGGAGAACAGAGCAUCCAGAGAGAAACACAGAAGAUGAACAUGUACACGGUGCGUAGAAUGUCCACAUCGACCCAGACUCGAGCUUCCGUUUCCGCCGCCACUUCCCCCAUCUCGGUCACCGCCUCGCCCGCGCUUGCUGCCCGCACCAAGGCAUCAUCCUCGUCGACAUCGUCGCGCAAAUACCCGGCGAAGAAGUCGUUCCUGUACGAAAAGUACCUUCGCCUGCUGACGGACAGCCAGAUGGUGGUGGUGCUGCAGCACAACAACCUCUCUGUCGCCGAGCUGGCCAAGGUGCGUUCGGACAUUGCGGCUCUCAAGCUGCCCGAAGGUCAGACGGCCAAGGCGUCGCUGACGGUGGUGCGCGCGGGUCUGAUGAAGGCGGUGACGCGCCAGUUGGCUUCGAACCCCGCGAUGGAAGCGUUGCAACCGGCACUCAGCGGUCCGAUCGCCUUGCUGACGUGCGAAACUCUUACACCUGCGUAUCUCAGUGCGCUGUUUAACGUCGUGGACCGCGCAUUGGGGCAUGUGCCUCCGAGAGCACCGGCGAUGGGCGCCAAGUUCCCCGAGACGGCCGUGGCCAACCCGAGACUGGUGCCCCUCGCAGCGGUGUUGGAGGGCAACAGGCUGUUGCAAGUGCCCCAGUCCAGGGAUGUGGGCAGGAUCGGCAGCCUGGACACCUUGCGCGCCCAGAUUGUCGGUCUGCUGAGCAGCCCUGGUCAGCAGCUGGCUGGUGUGCUCAGCCAGGCCAGCGGUCAGCAGCUCGCCAUGACGCUCGAGGGCAGGAAGAGGGACCUGGAGGCCAAGCAUUUUCGAGCAUCAUCGUGCUGUUCGUUCCUUGUUGCGAUCCGUGACGCCCAAGCGCACGUCCUCACCUCGGAUCCAUCCGCGCUCGUCUUUGGCGAAGACGUAGCCUUCGGCGGCGUCUUCCGCUCCACCAUGAACCUCUCCACCACCUUUGGCCGGGAUCGCGUCUUCAACACGCCGCUCACGGAGCAGGGCAUCAUCGGCUUUGCCAUCGGCCUGGCAGACAUGGGCCACACGGCCAUCGCCGAGAUCCAGUUUGGCGACUACAUCUUCCCGGCGUUCGACCAGCUCGUCAACGAAGCGGCAAAGUACAACUACCGCUCGGGGGGCCAGUUCAACGUGGGCAAGCUGACGGUGCGAGCUCCGUGCAUGGGUGUGGGCCACGGUGCGCUGUAUCACAGUCAGAGCGUGGAGCAGUUCUUCAUGGGUGUGCCUGGAUUGAAGGUCGUUGUUCCACGCAGUCCGAUUCAGGCCAAAGGGUUGCUCAGGGCCAGUGUGGCGGACGACAAUCCGGUGGUGUUCCUCGAGCCCAAGAUUCUCUACAGGGCAAGCGUCGAGCAGGUCCCCAUGGAUGAUUUCACCCUGCCCCUGUCUCAAGCGGAGAUCGUGCGACCGGGUAACGACCUAACGCUCAUCUCAUGGGGCGCACCUCUCUACGCAUGCGAAGAAGCCCUUGCGCUGCUCGCCAACCCACCUGCCUCCAUCGCCCAGCACUUCCCUUCGAGCAUCCGAGGCGCCAACGUGGAACUCAUCGACCUCCGUACCAUUCUGCCAUGGGACCGCGAAACCGUGAUCAAAUCCGUCGCCAAAACCGGUCGAUGCGUCAUCGUCCACGAAGCCCCCGUGACCGCCGGCGUCGGCGCCGAAAUCGCCGCCGAAGUCCAGAAGAACUGCUUCUUGAACCUUGAAGCUCCCAUCACCCGCGUCGGUGGGUGGGACACACCCUUCCCGCACGUCGGCGAGCUCUUUUACAAACCCGAGGCCGUUAGGAUCGCCGAUGCCCUGGUCAAGUGUCUGACCUUUUAG